UACCUAUGUUGCAUAGAAAGUUUGAGCUGAUUACAAUCAUACUGUGACUUUUAAAAUUUUAUUACUAGGUAUACAUUGCCAUCGUUACUAUUAUGAUUACAUAUACAUAUUACCCAAAGCCUGUUAGCCUAGUUUGCUAUAUAUUAGCAUCAAUAUAUACACAUACAUGUAUUAAUGUGUGGCACUGCAUAUUCAACCAUUGUUCCUUUUGUUAAAAAGGCAGGAUAUGAAAAAUGCAUCAAACACUUUUUCUACCUAAGCCAAUGUUGUCAUAACUUAUUGUUACUUGUAUAGGAGCACGUACGUUUCAAGUCAGGAUUCAGAGGAGAGAAGCAAAUGGACUACCAGUUUGCGUAAAGGCUUAGGAUUUGCUGGACUGCGGUGCAAUGCCAAUAAUACACAAUUGGGAUCAUAUUUAAUGAAAAAACUGGAAAUUUCAUAUAGAAAUGGGGAUAUUAAGAAAAAGAAAAUGGUUGCUGUUGUAGGGAGGCAAAAUGGAACAGAUGAGAUAUGGGUCAUGAAUAGGCAAAUUCAUUUAGAUAACAAAGGAGUUCAGGUAGACCCAUCUGAAAGCCCUUAUACUUGGAACGAUGAGCUAGAUGACAUGGCUCCUGAAUUAACAGCUGUCAGGAAGAAUAAAAGUUCUGUAAGAGCACUAAUAAAAGCAGUUCACAAGUCAUAUGGUGCAAACACUCCUGCUGUUUUGCUGACGAUUGGUGCAGAAAUAAUCUGUUUUCAUUAUGAUAUUCUGAAUGAUAAGGCGUAUUCAGUACCAGCAAGCAUUCUGACUGGAGCAGUCAGCAUUGGAAAAAGCACUGCAUCACGUAUUGCUUUAGCUUGUGCCGGAGCACAAAAGUCGUUUAUAACAUCAGCCACAGACUCCAAGAUAAAGAGCGUCACUAGUAAAAGUACUCUUGGAAUUGCACUUGAUGAUCCUAAGGAUGCACAGGAUAUAGCUGAGAAGGUGAUGCAUCACUUUGACAAGGGGAAAAGUUGUUCUCAGACUCGUACUUGUAUUCCUCGCUGCACUUUCAUGGCAUCUGUUAACAGUGAAUUUUUGAAGAAAUUUUCUGAACUUCAUCCAAAGUACAUCUCCAGAGUUUGCUUAAUUCCAUUUGGGAAAGACACCCAUAAUCUUAGCCCAGCAGAAAGAUUUGAAGCUGAUAGAGAAUUAGCAAAUGCAAUGAAUGUGUCCGAUUCGUCUUUGCCUAUUAUUAUCAAACUGCAAUCUCAAUUUGACAAGGUACAUGAAUUGAAGGAAGUUAUUGAGAAAGUUUCCAGUUUUCUACCCAAGGAAACAACUCAGAGGCUUCAGUUUUCCUACUCUCUUUUAUUGUUUACGACAUUGAAGUUUUUAGAAAAGCUUAAAGUUAAGGAGCAAUAUGAACAACAACUGUGGUCUUUCUUUCAAGAACAAAUGAUUCCAGUUGUAACACAAUACCAACUAAAGAGUGAGGCUACUAAGCCUGGUAUGCAGAUCAGUAUGUCUUUCAGCAAAGAAGCAUUUGAGCAGUUGCUACUUCAAGUGAUUGAUGAUGACACAGGAGAUAUGAUUAUAAAGUCCUUUCUCAGAAUAGAAUAUAAUUGUAACAAACCUUCAGCAAUAUCUGUAUUGAUGCCACACUUGACACAUUUUCUGAAGAGGAAAAAAAUAUCCUAUGAUGAAAAAUUUCUUGCCAAAUUAUCCCUUUUAUACGAAGGACAAUGUAGAACGAGUAUACCUCGUACCUUUUUAAGCAUUGACUCCACAUUGACAGAUAUUCCUAAAGGAAUUAGUGGCCGUAAAGCUGAGGGAGCUGUAUACCUGAGAUGCAUUGAAAUUAAUGCCGAUGCUUUAUCAGAGAGAACACUGAACCAUCUUGAAGAAGCUUUCUUAGGAACUUCUAGUGCUCUAAAAGAGUCUCAAGAUAGUGUAAGAACUCCCACCAAGUGUGAAGAGACUCAUCCCUUACACACCUCAACUCCAAUUACAAAGGCUGAUUGUAUGUCAUUAUUACUUGUUCUGAUGUUUAUUACAACAUUUCAUUAGUAGACCAAGAUAGUUUGUCAAAUAGAUCUAGCUUAUCAUCAGUGGCAGAUGACCGUAAUAUCAGCGGUUAGUAAUGAAUUCAAGAUUAUUAAUUUUUAUAAAAUACAUUUAUACACCACUUCUGGUGGCAAAAAAUUUCUUUAUAUGCCUUGACAAUGUGGUACUUUUUGAUAUUUUUAAGUCACAUUUAUUUAAUUUACAGGUACAGUGGCAUUAGUAUCUGAAGAGUCUGCACAAGUGGAACAGGAGGAAACGGACUCCUUGAGAUAUGGUUGUGAUUUGCAAAGUAAGGCAGUUGAACUAAAAAUUAGUGUAUAAUUGAUAUUAUGGAUUUAUCAUAGAGUCUGGUGAUUCCACACUAGCUUUCAUUGAAGAUAACAAUAUAGGACAACAAAAUGAAUCCUUCAGUGGUUACCGUAGUGAAAGUACAAGGAGUAAAGAUGAGAAAUCUCAGGGAGGAGAAUGUAAGGAUGCUAUAGAUAGAGAUUUACAAGAAUGCAAUUGGAGUGUGUUAUAGUGGGUUUCAACUUUAGUGCAUGCAUGCUUUUCAUUCUUUUUUGUGCUUGUGUGAGAAACUCUUUUAAAGUUCACUUUAAAUUCUAGGUAAAAGAUCAAUGAGAUUAAGAACACAUAUUGUUGCUCUUUCUCCUAAACAGCCUGAACAGGAUCAUUCUGUAGCAGGUGCAUGUGAUACUAACAUUACAAUUUGUUAUAAUGUUUAAAUUUUUUCAGUUAAAAGAUCAUUUCGCUUGAAAACAAGAACCACCGAUGGAGCAGUACAAUUUUCUUGCAGCAAAAAAACCAAAUUACUCCAUGAAACUUAUUGCCAGCAUUGUGAAGAAAAGUUUAAGAAGGGAGAGAGGCAUCAGAUGGUUGGAUGUGAUCAGUGUACGAGGUGGUACCACAUGAAGUGUGUGAAGUGUGACGUAAACAAAUUUUGGAAAUGUGAAAAAUGUAAGAUAAAUUUAUCACAAAUUUUUAUAAUAAGUCUUUAACAUUGUAGGUUAAAUAACUGAUAAAGAAACUAGAAAGACAUUAGUACUCCUGUUACAUAACAUAGGUAGUAAAAAUUCUAUUGUUGGGUAUUAAAGUUAUUACAAAUGAUAAUUUAACAUUAAUUUUUCUGUAAUGGCUACAUUCAAGAACAAAAAUUUAAUCUUCAGAAUGUUUUGAUACUAUUUCAGAAACAGUACAUCAGUGCAACAAUGCUACAGUGCA